UAGGGAAGGAAUAUCCCUAAAGUUUCAAGCUUUACCUACCCUCCAAUCCAUUGCUUCGACCCCCCCAAUGGCGAAAGCCUGCUGGGGUUCCUUGCCUACUACAUUAUUCCCAAUCCGCAACCUCCGGUACUCUUCAAAACCAAUCGCAGCAAUCCAAACCGACGCUCCGAUGGAUGACCACAGCUCUCCUUCUCCUCCCCACCCUUCACUCGAAGUCACCGGCGGCGGCCGGGAGCUAUUCCUCCCGGCUUUGAAGACGAUUCACCAUCCCUACGAUGCUUACCCAAUCAUCGCCUCCAAUCGCCACGUGGAGACCAUCUUCGCCUCCUUCUUCCGCUCCAUACCGGAAGUCAGAUUCAAGCGAGAGUGCCUCCGCACCAAGGAUGACGGAGCCGUCGCUCUCGAUUGGGUUUCCGGCGAUGAUCGCCAGUUACCUCCCGAAUCCCCGGUUCUCAUUUUGCUGCCGGGUUUAACUGGAGGGAGUGGCGAUUCGUACGUGAGGCAUAUGCUGAUUAGAGCCAGAAGCAAAGGGUGGCGUGUUGUCGUUUUCAAUAGCCGAGGCUGCGGAGAUAGCCCUGUCACUACUCCUCAGUUCUACUCGGCUUCGUUUUUAGGAGACAUUCGUGAAGUAGUAGCUCAUGUGGGUGGCAGAUAUCCCAAUUCCAAUUUGUAUGCGGUUGGUUGGUCUCUGGGCGCCAACAUUCUUGUCAAUUACUUGGCUCAGGAAUCUGAUGAGAAUUGCCGCCUAAGUGGUGGCGUGUCCUUGUGCAAUCCUUUCAAUUUGGUGAUUGCAGAUGAGGACUUCAGAAAGGGCUUUAAUAAUGUCUAUGACAAAGCUCUUACAAAGUCCCUUCGCAGAAUUUUCAAGAAGCAUGCACCUCUGUUUGAAGACAUGGGUGGUGAGUUCAACAUUGAGUUGGCUGCUAAUGCCAGGACAGUCAGGGAAUUUGAUGAUGGACUGACACGAGUUUCAUUUGGUUUCAAGUCUGUCGAUGAUUACUACUCCAAUUCCAGCAGCUCCGAUUCCAUCAAGCAUGUUCGAAUCCCUAUUCUUUGCAUCCAGGCUGCCAACGAUCCAAUUGCUCCUGCUAGAGGAAUACCUCGAGAAGAUAUCAGGGAAAAUCCCAACUGUUUGCUAAUAGUAACUCCAAAGGGCGGGCAUCUAGGGUGGGUUGCAGGUGCUGAAGCUCCAUUUGGAGCUCCGUGGACGGAUCCCAUAGUAAUGGAUUUCCUGGAACAUCUUCAGGGAGCUGGUUCAACUACAUCUCAAGUACCUAUCUCCAUUGGUAACGUCCAGCAUCUAGAAGUACGCAUCAGAGGAAUUGAUUCAUUGGUGUGAACGUGAUGGCAAUAUGUGUGUCUGUUGAAAACCAGAUGCUCUGGCAAGUUAGUACCUGCAGGCUGGAAGCUAUUCCCAUAAGUGAAAAUAGCAGAGUAAGAUUUAUAUGUUUGGCACUCUUUCCUUCGUAAUUUUUUGCGUGUUGAACAAAUCUCUCUCAUCUUCCAGGGAGACAGCCUGUUGUUUAUGAUCUUCCAUUUGAGAGGCUAAACAACCAAUUUUUCUGUUCCUCUUGAACUUAGAACAUACUCUGCGUGCGUUUGGAAAUCGGUUGAUAGCUUGGCACGUCUAGUUUAAAUUUGGAGAAAUAUGUCAAGCAGAUUGAGGUUAUGGUCGUAACAGUACUAGAGAAAGUGUUAAUUGGAGUUCAUUCAUCAGUUACUUCCCUUAAAAAUUGCAGCUUAACAGAAAAGUUGGAACCAGUUGUAUAUGUGCAUUUUAAACUAGUGAAAGCCACAGUAGUUGAACAGUUAUAGCUUGGCAGUUUCUCCUAGCAGAAACGACAUAACAUGAUGCAUGGGACCUCAGUAAUGGACAGAGUAAGAAUAAGCCAGAGGGGUGAUUACAUUAGCUGAUGUGGAACGAUAAGUUUGUAACAACUUACCAAGUCUAAAAAUAAGCAGCCUUUUCUGUCUCAGUAGAUCUCAGAGAACCAAGAAUUUCAAAGGUGAAUAGCUCUCAAAGUUUGAAUAGUUCUCAUGUGGAGUAGUUGUAUAUGGAUUUGUUAUUAGCUUUAAUCAAAAGUGAGUAUAAGAAGAAGAUUUCCACAAGGUUACCUGAUUCGCAGGGAGAAAUGGCGGCGGUACUGGUACCUACUGGAAUUUCUGAGGUCGAAACAGUAAGCCAUGAUUUGACGUCGCCCGUCUAAUCUUGUCUUGCCUUCCACAGAUGAACUGGGGGAUUACAAUAGGCCGGAGUUUCUCCAGGUUGAUCGACGACGACGACUCAACAAUCCUUAAAGCAAAAGCAAUUGGUAUCAUAAGAACAAAAAACUGAAUUGAUGAAGUAGAAUGAAAUUCGCUUUCAGGAACGAUUAGGACGUUUACUGUAAAUGUUCACGUACACUCCAAAGUGAAACGCAGAUAAAUGGCAUGCUAUAUAUACGCAGGAACUGCUGCAAUAUCAGAUUUGACAGAAGCCGUGUGUAGAAAGCUCCACGUUGAUUAUGUAAUUCAGAAGUUAGCUGAUGAUGAUCGAGGCUCAUGCUUAUUAGGUAGGUGGGCGGGCGGGAUGAGAAUGAGAAUGAGAUGGAUGGUAAGAUAGAAGAGAGAACGUGGACAAAUCGAUUCUUAUCCUCUCAUCUCAUGCCUAAGUUGUCCGUACUCGAUCGUGUUAUAAUUAUGUAAUUAGUUUGUGGGGUAGUUACGUAGCGCAGAAAUGGUAAAGGAGCAUGCAUGUGCAAAAGGAAGUGGAGUUCCAUCACCUUUGGAGGUCAUUGUCGCCAUUAUCUAUCAUCUCGAUUCCAAACCCCACAACCAAAACAUCGCGACACUCAUAUACAUCCAGCAGCUACUGCCCUGCUGCCUCCCUAUAUACACUAGUCCUCAAAUUUUACAACAAAUGAAAAGUACUGAUCUCACAGUUCACUACCCGGCCACUUUGCUUUGAGAAUCAUCGGUGAUAAUUCAUAAACCAACUCGUCCCAAUAACCCGAAUGGUUGGAAGAGGUCUAAUCGUGAAUCAUAUACCGUUUAUUAACACACUCCCUCAAACGAAAACCACCAUAUAUGGAUUUGAAGUUUGCACAGGUUAGGACACCAUGUGCUUAACAUGGUAGAUGAGUGUCACCGGAUUCGAAAAGGAGAUCUCUCGAUCACAAAAGACUCUAAUACAAUUUCACAAACCAACUGGUCCCAAUUGAAGUGAAACCAUAGUUGUGUUUUUUUGGUUGGUCAUUUUGCAAGGUGGUUAUUUGAUAUUAGAAUAAUUGAAGUGAAAUAAGUUUCAUCUACCUAUCAGGUGAAAUAAGUUUCACUCACUGGCGGGACUAUCUUGGAGAUGUUGUUUAUUAUUGUUUUUCUUCCGUCAGUGUCGUGUCUUUGCUCCUCCGAGCUUCUUCAGAGUUGCCCAUGUAGUGGCUUAUCAGGCUCUUUCAUCGUAGUCUGGUUGCAUACGGACUAUAGUGCAAUUUUUUAGCUAGUGUGUAAUUGUGUCGAGUCUUUGUCCCAUGCCCUUUAGAAUUGUCUUGGAUAAAUAAAAAAUAAAAAAAACUGGUCCCAAUUACUCAGAGUUCAUCAUAUACCGCCAACUGCUAUAGAUCUACGACUACAUAGUUCUUUCAUCAAUAGUAAACUACCAAAGUUCACAAAAUCUUUUGUUACACAAAAUUUUUAGGAUUAUGUUACCAUUUUUUUGAAUAAAAGAGCAACAUGUCUAUUUUAUACGAACGCCAAAGCACGUGAGCAUUUUUUUGGAUUAAUUAGCCAAACCAUAUCGUGGGCAAAGGAGCCUGCAUGCAGGUGCCUCUUGCUUUAUCUUUUGAUUGUCAUCAGUGUCUCGUGGCUCAAUUCUUGUCGACAAUGUUUUCCUAUUAAUAUAAGUUAUCUCAUCCCUUUAGCCGUUAGGGACAUCCAAUGCAAUUAGAAUGAGACAGGCAGAAUUAAUUAGCAUGGUCCUGCAUAUAAAUAAGAAAAUAAUACACAUUAUUAUGAAAAAAAAAGAACUAAGUAUAAGAUUUUCAUUUCAAAAUUACCACUCUCAUCUACGUCUCCAUAUGCACACAUUUCUAUUUACUUUGUCAUUCAUUUUUGUAGUCUAGAGAAGUUUCGUUUGUUCUAUUCGUUAGUUCAAUGUUAUCCAUUUCUUAUCAUCUUUAUAACAUUCUAUUUCGGUUAUUUACUACUCCCUUUAAAAUGCUUUGGUGAUUUUAGUUAUAUCACUCUCUAUAUCGAUGCAUCGUACUAAAAAAAUUAUUCAUGACUUAUCACUUAUCAGUUAUCACUUAUUCAACUUCAAAGUGUUAUGCUUACACAGUUCUUUGCGGAAAAAAUACUCUUUCUAUAUCUCUCGUGAUCACCGGUAACAACAAUGUUAAUUUUAUAAGUCGAUUUAAAUAUUAGAUCAUCGGAAAACUAAUUGUAAUUUGUUGGUAGAUAUGUGUUAAUUGAUAACAAGAAAUCAUAGAUUUGAAUUCCACACCAACAAAAAGGCAUGUUUUUUUUUUUUUUAUGUGGAUAACCACCAGAGGAUCCAAAGUAGUGUCAUGAACCCACCUCGAAUAAAAAUGGCUCCACCACUCCAUAUACUCUCUGGAUUUCAAUUUGUAAAGGUCUCCAAAUUUUAAUUAAUCAAUAAGAGAUACUAUCGGAA